AAUCUUCUGCCAGGAUCCUGACAUGAAACUCCAGGCAACUAACUCACACACUAAAUAAAAUUCUCAUUUAGUCACAUAGUCAUCCUUAUUGUUAUAACGUAUUCAGACCCUUAUGAUAACAGCACUUUGGUGUGUGUCAUGAAAAAAAACCAACUCUGCUGACCUCAGAAUCAAUCAUGGCCCAACAUAUAUAUAGGUGAGGAGGCAGUGAGAGUAUCAUCCUCCUCAGUGCUGAAGCAGCUCGCAACAUCAGACGUGGCAUGUUUUCGAUGAUGUUCCUCCCGCUCCUCUCCGUGCUGCUCCUGUCACAGCGCUGCGCUUUGGUUAACGGGGUUAACUCGGUUUACGGCGUUAACGGCGAGCUCCCCACAUACAGAAGCACAGACCCGACCACCGGCAAACAGGUGGUGUGCGACAAAUGCCCGCCCGGAACCUACCUGCUCUCGCGCUGCACAAUGACGCAAAAGAGUGUGUGCGCGCCGUGUCCUCGCGGCUCGUACACGGAGCUGUGGAACUACAUCGGCAGAUGUCUGCGCUGCGGGGUGUGCGGCAAGAACCAGGUGGAGAAGAGGGUGUGCAGCGCGGACAGUGACUGCCAGUGCGAGUGUAAACAGGGAUACUACUACAAGUAUGACAUGUGUCUGCGCCACCGCGAGUGCCCGUCCGGAGAAGGAGUGCAGACCAAAGGUACACCGCAUGCAGACACAGUGUGCCACGUUUGUCCCAACGGCACCUACUCUGCAUGCAGCUCUGCUGAGCAGAGCUGCAUGCAGCACCAGAACUGCGAAGCUUCAGGGCUGCGGCUCGUGCUGAAGGGCUCCAACUGGCAUGACAGCGUGUGCUCGAGCUGCGAAGCCAAUGGAUCAAAAGAUGGAGCCGAAUACCUUAGAGAAAUCCUUCCAGCUUUCUUCAUUCACCAGAGAAUAGGCAAUAAGCGGCUUCGUCAGAUCGUGCACAGACUCUCAUCUCAGAACAGCAAGACACGGAACGGAACUCUUUCGGGUCUAGACAUCUCAGAUCUUCAUGCAUGGAUCAACGCAUGGGUUGCAUCUGCCACGGCAAUGCAGCUUCGGGACCUUCCAACAGUAGUUAGUAAGAUAGCGCAUAGUGCUGGUGAAAAACUACAGAAUAAGCUGCAGCGUAUUGACUCUCUUCUAAACGAGCUGUGUGAAGAGGUGGUUGUCAAUGUAGUCUGAGGCAGAAAAUAUCUCACUGUAGGUUCUAAAGAGGUUGGCUGGUCCAGAGCAGCUCAAAAAUUUCUGUUCUAUUCAAGAUGCACUGUUCACAAGCCUCUAGCUUUAGUACUUUUUGCAUUAACUAAACAAGAAUAUAUUUAGGAGUCUAUUUACUUAACUCUUUUUGACACAUUUCAUUUUUAUUCUUCUUAAAAUUGACCAAACAAUCCACCUAGCUUGAAAUGCAGCUGUCCUGUGUAACCAACAUUUCAAAUAUAGUAAUAAAUGAUACAAUCACAAUAAACUAUGUAAGGCAACAUGUUUUUGAGGACACUUCAUUUCAGGUCAGGUGAUUGACAUGAUUGACAUAUGUAUUGCAAAGAUACUACGUUAUACCUUACAGUAACAAGCGUUGAACUCCAAAACACAAAACUCUGGUCUUUUAUUUCUGGGAGUGAAAACAGAUAAAGAUCCUGUAUAACUGACACUUAACUCUUAAAGUAUUAAAAACAAACAAACAAAAAUGACAUUGAUAUUAGUAACAAAAAGUGUUGGCCUACUACUGCGUAUCUACCUCUUCCUAUGUCUGCAGUUAAACAUUGGCAUGGCACCAGCCGUUUUAAUUUAGGUUUCAUAGUUCUACUUUUGUGUUAUGGCUUAAUAUGUGAAGUGAAAUCUUAAUUUAUUAAGUUAUUUAUAUGCCUGAGGUCAGUCGUGUCCCAAGAGAACAAGGCAAUGGAGUUUGCCAUUCAUUAUUUUUAUACAUAAAGUAUUAAUAGUAAGUUGAAGCAUGUAUGGCUGCUUUGAAUGAUGCGCAAAUAAAAAUGAUCACAAAUCAGUGGGAA